ACUGUCUUAGUACUUCUACUAAUAAUAGAAUAUUAAUUUACUGUCUCUGUACUUAUACUUCAGUGAAUGAUCCGAAUUCUUCUUCCACCACUGGUCAAGUCUAUUUUGUUGCUUAUACUUUAGUACUUGUUUAACAAGUACUUGUAACAGAGUAUUUCAACUGUGUAGUAUUGGUACGUUCGUUUCCUCUUCAUCCUCCAGUCUUAAGGAAUCGCUGCUGGCUCGGAGCUCGGAGUCUCUGUCUUCCUCCCGCUGGCUCUUUGUUCGCUCCGAGACACAAAGUGCUCAUAAAGGAAGAACAUGUCCGCCGUGCAGCUGCUGCGGGUGUCGGUACAUGAGCGGAUCAGCGCUGCAGCUGAAGACUUUCUGCUGCAGGUGGAGAAAGGAGGAGGAAAGGAUCAAGUCCCAGCGCUGAGAGGGAUGCUAACCGAGCGGCUAAUGGCGGCAGCUGAGGAGAUCCUCGCGGUGCUUGAGGAAACCGUGGCCGAGUACGAAGACAGAGUGGAGCAGUCCGAGCGGUCCGAGCUGGAGAUCCGCCGCCAGAGGAGGCUGCUCGAUGCCGCGAUGAAGCCCGUAGUCCGGCUGCAUAGAGCAGACUUCUUGCAACUGAUGGUGAAUAAAGAACAGGUUCCCCCUGAGCAGCAGCAUAGGGGCCCCCUUGUGGACCAGGAAUACCAAGAGCCCCCCCACAUUAAAGAGGAGGAACCGUGGACUAAUCAGGAUGGACAGCAGCUUCAAAGACUGGAGGAGGCUGAUAUCAAGUUCCCAUUGACUCCUGUCGCUGUGGAGAGUGAAGAACAUGAAGAGAAACAUAAAUUGUCAAAGCUUCAUCCGGGUGAGAUGAAGGAGAACAGAGCCGACUGUGGAGGUCCUGGUGGACGUUUACAACCAGGUCCUGAGGACAAGACUGAAGACUCUUCUGAGACUGAAAAAAGUGAGGAUGAUUGGAUGGAGACCACGGAACCUCAUUGUGGUUUAAAUACAAGAAAUAACAAACAGCCUCUAAGUGAUAUGGGAUGUAAGACAGAAAAAAAAUCGUUUGGUUGCUCCAAGUGUGGUAAAAUAUUUCAACGACGUGGCAGUCGAAAUAUACAUAUGAGGAGUCAUACGGGAGAGAAACCGUAUAGUUGCUCUGAGUGUGGUGAAAGAUUUAGUCGAAAUGACAAACUGAAAUUCCAUUUGAGCAUUCAUACCGGAGAGAAUCUAGUGAGUUGCUCUGAGUGUGGUAAAAGAUUGAGCAGAAAGUCUGAUUUAACGAGACAUAUGAGGAGUCAUACAGGAGAGAAACCGUUUAGUUGCUCUGAAUGUGGUAAAAGAUUUACCCAAAGUGGCAGUCUAAAUAUACAUAUGAGGAGUCAUACAGGAGAGAAACCGUUUGGUUGCUCUGAGUGUGGUGAAAGAUUUACCAAAAGGAGCAACUUAAAUACACAUAUGAUGAGUCAUAUGGGAGAGAAAGGCUUUAGUUGCUCCAAGUGUGAUAAAAUAUUUCAACGACGUGAUAGUCGAAAUAUACAUAUGAGGAGUCAUACGGGAGAGAAACCGUUUAGUUGCUCUGAGUGUGGUCAAAGAUUUACCCAAAGUGGCAGUAUAAAUAUACAUAUGAGGAGUCAUACGGGAGAGAAACCGUUUAGUUGCUCUGAGUGUGGUGAAAGAUUUAGUCGAAAUGACCAACUGAAAUUCCAUAUGAGCAUUCAUACCGGAAAGAAUCUAGUUAGUUGCUCUGAGUGUGGUAAACCAUUCAGCAGAAAGCCUGAUUUAAAGAGACAUAUGAGGAGUCAUACGGGAGAGAAAUGCUGUAGUUGCUCUGAGUGUGGUAAAACAUUUAGUCGAAAUGACCAACUGAAAUUCCAUAUGAGAAUUCAUACCGGAGAAAAUCUUGUUAGUUGUUCUGAGUGUGGUAAACGAUUCUGCAGAAAUUCUGAUUUAACGAGACAUAUGAGGAGUCAUACUGGGAGAGAAACGCUGUAGUUGCUCUGAGUUUGGCAAAACAUUUAGUCGAAAUGACAAAGAAAAUUGGGAAGAAAUACCCAAUAAUAAAUUCAUAGUUAACUGUUUCAAA